UGGCUCGAACUGAAACUUUUCAGGAUUCUCAUUGGCUGUCGCGGCUCUCGUGUGAAGCAAUACGCAAAUAGAUUUGAUGUGUUGUCUGAAAGCGACCCCGUCAUUGCCAGUGCAGCCAAGCUGAGUCGAGAAGGGGGUGUGUCGCGGGACCCAAGGCAUUCAUUGUCCAAAACCGGUCUUAUUUUAUAAUGCUUUUAUUUAAUUACUUAGCUGAUAACUGAAGCAGUAUCCUCAGAAUCUUAAGUUAUUUUUUAUUUCAACCAGUAUUAUUUCAUUUUUACCGAGGACGGACUAACAUUUUACAAUGAAUUGCACCAGGGUCCUGCAGAUAUUAAACCCUAGGCCGAUGCCAAGUCCAAUCAUGCCGGUCGACGUGGCCAUGCGGAUCUGCCUGGCGCAGUCACCGCCAGUGUGCAGUUUCCUGGGAUCCUACGAGGCACGGAGGCUUGCCUGCCAGUACAAGCCACUGCGCCCCUGCAUCAGCUCCAAGGCAGAGGUCGAAACCACCACCGUGGGUUGGAAGAGUCCCAAGACUAAGCGCAAGAAAAGUGUGGUGUUCGCCGAUUCCAAGGGCAAGUCCCUGACCGCCAUCCACGUAUUCAAAGAAUUCGAAGAGGACCCCCUGGCGGAUCUGCAGUUCGAGCUGUCCGACCUGGAGAACGCCAUCGUGGGCCUGAAGGUGGCGAAAGAGAGGAGCAUGAUGUUGGCCUUUGACCAGCCUGCCGCAGACUACCUUGACUUCCGGAACCGGUUGAAGAAGAACCUCGUCAGCCUGGAGAACUGUGUGCUCCAAGACAAGUCCCUCAGCGGAACCAUCAAAGUCAGCAACAUCAGCUUUCAGAAGUCAGUGGACCUCCGGAUAACGUUCGAUUCGUGGAAAAACUACACGGACAUUCCUUGCCUCUACAUGAAUAACGUGUAUGGCUGCUUGGACAUUGACACAUUCUCGUUUGCCAUCGACCUGCCAAGCGUCAUUCCCCAUGAUAAAAGCCUGGAGUUUUGCGUCUGCUAUAAAACCCUGGACCAGGAGUACUGGGACAACAACGACGGAAAGAACUACAAGCUGGUCCAUUCAGAGCACGAGCAGGACCAGCAUCCGGGCACCACCCAGAAACCCCCGCAGGAGUUCAAGACCCAAGGCAAGAAACCUGAGAUGGAAUUCGACCAGUUCGGUAGCCCGAGAACAUCCAGCGGCUUUUUCCCAGAGUGGCAGAGCUGGGGCCGCAUCGAGAGCAGCACCCCCUACUGGUGAUAUGACAAAAAUGUCCCCAACAUGACUAACCCACGAGAAAAUGUCCCAUAGAUGAAGCCUGUGGAGAUCGGCCCUUGGAUCGGCCCUUGGCUUAUUCCAGAACUGGAGCCACAGAGAGAGCUGAAGUCAGUUCCAGUUUUCAGUCAACUUGAACUUCAAUCACAGAUGCUAACAGUUUGAACCCCAUCGGAUCUGAGAGGUGUCCACAUUAUCUUCCUGCUUUGCCAACUCGAAUAUAAUUGGGGGAAAUAUUCAUGGGGAAAUGGACACUAUUGCAAAUGUGGAUGUGAAGAGAGUAACAGUUAGUGUUCGGCUGUCCCGGCCACUCUAAUCCCAGUACAGAAUAGUCUGUGAGAUUAACCAAUGUGGCUAAUUGCUGUCGUCAUGUCGUCUGACAUGGCAGAAUAAAAUGGAGCAGGACGAAACUCACUUUGACUGAACAGGAUAAUGUUCAGCUGUAUCUUCUGACAAAUGGUUGUCCUUUUUUUGCAAGUAUCUCAUUUUUGCCGUGCACUUAAAGCAUUUCUUAGAUUUUUAAAUUUAAAGUUUUUUUUUGUUUCAUUGGGUUUUUUGUUUGUUUUUUUUCCUUGUAUCAUAAAUGCCUUCCUUUGAAGUUGUCUUUGCAAAGACAAGAUUGAGUGCAGAAGUCAAGAUCGUGUCUGUUAGCUUAUGUAGUGCAUGCUGCUGAGUUGUGCAGCACCCCCAUGUCAGGUUCAGCGUAUGUUUUGUUUCAUGUUUUUGUUUUGCUUUGGGGGUUUUUUUUUCAUGAAGGGGAAUGUUCUUGUGGAUCACGUUGGGUUUGAUUGUGACGAUCUGACACCAGCAACCUGAAUGCAAGGGGUCCUUAUUUAACCCCCACCUUCUCAUCACCGCACCCCCAGCCUCCGUCUCAGAUGGUCCCCAGGCCUGAGUCACUGAGACUAGUGAAGUUUGCACUGAUACGGAAUGAUGCCUUUCUUUUUUCGAACGCCAGAAUGUGAAAGUGAAAUGAUUUGGUACAGCAUGAAUUUCCACUUCAUAUUGAAGUUUUAUGUAUUUCUGUAUCCAUAUUCAUGGUACCAUAUAAUUAAUCACUUUCAGAGGCAAAAGUUGAAAUAUACAUAACGGUUCGGGCCCCCACCCCCUUUUUGCACAGAGUACAGUUAGUCAUUAGGAGUUAGACGCACCUUUUUUGCACAUGAGCCAACUCCCCAAGUCCACUAACUUUGUAAUUAUAUCCUCACACAAUCAGUGUGCCUUCCCAACAUCUUUCCCUUUUCUGUCUGUUUGCUGCUAAAGGUUGCUUUAGGCUGUUGUCUACGUAGCUUGUUUUGUGGACCCAUUGUAUGUGAAUCGUCUUUUUUCUAUGUGAAUAGAAGACGCAGAGGCUGGGGGCAGGGUAUUGCAUAUAACGAGGGAUGGAGAAUGUAACUUAAGGGAAGUAUUUUGUACGUAAGGGACGAGACACGCUUGCGUGUCUGCAAUAAGGAGGACAGGGGUGGAGGCGAAGACUAGUCGUUGCUUUCUUUUUAGAGUGCUUUUGCUUUUUUUCCCCUAUCGUCAGAUGGAAAAACCUGUUCAGAACGUAAAAGGUCGAGGACUUGGCAGCAGGAUGUACAAUGUUGGCAAAUGGCAGUUAGCCAGUGCGAGCCACAGAGAUUACAGAGUUAAGUGUUAUGGAUUGAAUGUAGAAGAACACACAGGCCUCAAUGGUGGCCUGGUUUAUUGUCUGUAUGUGUGCGAUUCUUUUUUUUCUACUGCAAAGAAAGGUGUCUGUCAGAAAGAAUGGUCAUAUGUGUCAUGUUCCUUUUAGAAAUAAAACGCUACAAGUUUAUACUGA